AGUAUUCACCGUCGGCUCUGAAGCGCCUCCAGGUUGAGUUGAUUUUGCGACAGCGGCGUCCAACUCCAACUCCGCCACCACAUCACCAAUUACCGCCGACAGCCAACUCUCCUCUUCCGACUCCUCGACAAAAUGGGCUCACAAAAUGUCGGGCAGACCUACGGAUGCGAGGACUACUACUGGUCAGACCUGGACUCAGACUCCGAUAGCGAUAAGCCUAUGUCUGGUCAUUCGCCGACGAACCUCAUACCAGGGGAUACGUCUGCAUCUGCGCAAGCGACUACUACGAAUCCUUCGACCGCUGCUCCGGCCUCUUCCAUUCAGAGUGGUGUCGAUGGCGAUGUAGGAGUGUCGACAGCCGCGACCACUCUGACCACUACUCAUACCUCCUCCGCUCCGAACAUCGAUGGCAACGUGGCAUAUCCCACUCUCCCUACUCUUGGUCAGUCGUCAUCUGGAGCCCCUGGUUCGAAGGGGGCCCAGUCGGGUGGACCUCAUCCUACAUUGUUCGGGGGAGAACAUACACGUGGGAAGAAGCGUGCGCGAGAGAGUCCUCCAGAAGAAACGGGAAGUCUUAAGAAGCCGCAAACUGCCUCCCGUAAGGAAGCGGGGCAGCAACCAAGCCCCAUCACCAAGGACCACCUCCUGAAUCUUCUCCGCACCGGCCAGUAUAGUGACUACUGCAUCAAAUGUGCGGACAUAGGGUGGCGCGUCCACUUAAUGGUCCUGACAGAUCGCGCGAGCGGAUUGCUCCCACCAGACUUCUCGCCUGGCAGCAGCUGCACCAUCACUGAGCACAGCCCUAUCAUCAUCGAGAGCUGCCUCGAAUUCGCCUAUUCAGGUGACUACUCAGAUCCCCAAACAGACGUAUCAGCCAGUGUCAGCCAUGACCCCGGCUCUUCCGAACAUCUGCCACUGCACCACCACAUCUUACUAUUCGGUGCGGCGGCCGCGUUCGAAAUGCCAGAUCUGAUGACUCUGACGCUCGAGAAGUUUCAGGCACAUUACCAGCGGGAGGGAUGGAAUAAAGCGGAGUACGAGGCGGCAUUGCGUAAGUGUCGUGAAGUCUAUUCGCAGUGGGAGCACUUGGACGAUCGGAUGAUGCUCUUCUUUCACUACAUCGGGGUUGAGGGAAUAAGGCUAGAGAGUGCAUCGAAUCUGGCAAAAGGCAUGGAGGAGGAAGAGGCGGCCGGAGAUGGGUACUAGAUAGUAAAAGGCUUUUUAGAUAUAUUGGGGAGAAGGGGGGGCGGGCGACGGGAUUGAAAAGGGACCUGGCGUGAGAGCAGUGAGUUUGGUAAUGUUCCGGCAUGCAAACCAUACGCUCCGGAGGCCUCACAGCAUCACGACCAAGUCACAACCACGCCCCCAAUGUUAGAGCUUCAGCAACUGACAUUCCUAGCAGCUUUGUAUUCAGCAUUUCGAUAGUUCUUCACGAUGCUCCCAGAGGAUGGUAAACGUAAUAUCGUUGUCUGAAUAAUUUGGUG